AUGGACCUGUGCCCACGAGACUAUGGUCGCAUGUAUUACUCAUCGCCGUUCGAACAUAUGAUGGUUCGAGCAUUCAAUGAGGCGAUGAGGAAUUUUGAUCGUUCGCUUCAUGCCGUCAGUCCGUACUGGUUGAAUCAGCCAGCUUUGCACGAAUGCAACAUUGGCAAUGCGGUUGGAAAGGUUGUUAAUGAUUCGGAAAAGUUCCUAGUUGAAGUUGAUGUUACUCAGUUCCAUCCUGAAGAGUUGUCAGUGAAUUUACGUGACAAGGAAAUAGUAGUUGAGGGACAUCAUGAAGAGCGUGGCGAUGAGUCUGGAAAGAUUGAACGUCAUUUUACUCGCAAAUAUGCCCUUCCGGACGACGUUAACCAGGAAUCUGUCACAUCACAUCUUUCUGACAAAGGUGUACUCUCAAUUUGUGCCAAGAAAAUGGCAACUGUGAAGAACACACGCACAAUCCCAAUUCAGGCAGCUCCCCCCGAAAAGCAUCAGGCUGUGGAACAAAAGAAACCGGCAGAACAGUAA